AUGGCGACCGCCAGCACCUACCAACAUCGACACGGAAUCGGUUUCGAUAUCCACGACCAUGGAAUACACUCCAACUGCUCCCCCCACAGACUCGGCAACAGUCAGUCUCGUGUCCUGGGUCGAAAUCCUGACUCCAACGACAAUCAUAGCAGAAAGCCGAUCAAGACUCGGACAAUCAAUCUCCAAAACAGUUGCUUGGGUAGUCCUGAGAAGCCAAAUACCAGGGCCAGAGGUCCUGCUAGACACCAAACUGACGAGACUGGAUCUGGAACCGAGACUGCUGGUCAAGUGCGCGAAAAGCUGGGCCAAGAAGCCAAUACUGAAACCCUUUCAGCAUUCGUCUCAAAAGGCAUGUAUCAUCCUCUCUCGGCUUUUGACACUCAUGCAACUUCCAUGCAAUGUACACAAACUGACUUGAGCGUGAUGGGUCUCUCAGAAUUCUUGGAAAACAAUCCUCUCGCCCUUGAAAGUCGAAGUCUCCCUAGCAACGCGGAGCAGUUGGCCAAACACUACGCAGGUCACUUCGAGUGGGUUUUGUCAUUUCCUGCAAAGACCUCGCCCGAAGAAUGCGCUCAUCCAAUCUGCUGUCACGAAAAUCCCGAGAGUUGUGGCUAUACGGGAUCCAGAGAGUGUGCUCACCCUAACUGUUCACAUGAACACCCUGAGCGCUGUGGCUACCAAGGAUUUGAGAAGCCGAAAAAGCUGCUCUACUUCGGCUGCAACCUCGUCCCACGUCGUUCAAAGUCUACGCCGAAUGUCUUGUUAGGCACCGAUAACGGAGACCAAUCUGCUGAUAUUUACACGGUUGUAGCUACCAAGCUCGACGACGUCGAGCAGAGCGACGUCAUCGUGGACAACGCUGUUCCGACAAGCAUCGCGAUCCACCCCGAAGCAUCCCAUCUUCAGAUUAGGACCUCCGACAUUACGCGCGAGACAAUCGAUGAAGAGACGGAGAGCAUGAUGGGUGACAGGGCAGGCGAAUUCGAGAACACCAUCGUCCAGAUGGAUACCGAUUCUAGCGUGGCUGAAGACACCAGUGUCUACCAUACGGACGAUGAAUUGCGCGAUGAUCACAGACAGAUGGACAGGGGCCAUCGACAUGAGCCUCAGGCGAGCUUCGAGUCAGAUUCUCUUCUCAUCGGCGAAUACCAAUUCGAGGAAGAGAGAGAUGAAGCUCGAGAAUCAGAUUCACAUUCAGCAGACGACCGCCAUGUCCAAGACGAGGCCCGGAUGUGGGAGACUGAUUCCUGUCACCGAUUCCACCAUCAUUCCUUGGAGAUGAUGGACGGCUGCCAUCAAGGGUCUCACAUGAGGUGGGAGACCGAACAACAUGACAGAUAUCGUCAGCACCUCUCGGAUGCCAUUGAAGACGGCAUGGAAUCAACCAGACUAUUUUCACCCAUCCCGAGUCCGGCAUCCAGGAUCGAGGACUCGGUUGAAGCUCUUGACAAGCUCGAGGAUGAAUCGGAAGCCGUCAACGACUUCGCGCAGAUUCACCGAAUCUUGUCUCCGGUGGACGCAAGAAGACCCUCAAUUGCGAGCCUCCAUAGAACACCCAGGGCAGCCCCGCCUCAGCGCACAAGCUCCAAGAGAACUGGAGCUGCCACGGUCCGCCUAAAGGAUGUUGAUCGCUCUUCGACUUUGCGGAAGUCAAGCUCGAUGAGCUUCGCGGAGGAUAAAGCGGCUGCUAAAAAGAAGGGAACAGCAAGCCAGCCAGCGAGCCUUCUGCCACCCAGGCCUCUGGCCAAGUCUAACAAAGCGUCCACUGUUUCCUUGUUCGAGCUGCCCGGAGAAGCUGUGGGCCGCCGCCUGAAGGAACAGCGUGCAUCCCGUCUUUCACAGCAAAACAAUUCCGAGCAUGCUCCCUCUAUAGAUGAUUCCUGGACUGCUCCUCCCAAAGUUCGUGUCAGAUCAACCCGAACGUCCACGAGAGCCGCUUCUGAGAUACCUGGUGAGACAACGUCACGUCGCAGGAAAGAGGAGUUGGAGGCCAAACAACGAGCUCAGGAAGAGGACCGUAAGGGUUGUGAGCCCAAGUCUCGCUCGGUCCGCGGCAGCGUCUCAAGAGCUGCGAACCCUCGCGAGACGGUUGUUAGUCGGGUGCGGCAAGGGAGACCUAAUGUUGGUCGUGCGUUUGAGGACAACAAUGCCAGCGGUUACGCAGAGCCCCGUUCUCCAGUAUCAAAGGCGCCCGCUACAGCUUCCUUUGCGUCACCGACAGCUUCUUCGGCGAACAAGCGGAAUUCCACGUUAGGUAAAUCGGCGGCGUCGACCAAGCGACAGUCGUAUAAUGCGGCAACUCUUCCGGCGCGCGGCCGCUUGAGCAUGAUCGACUCGCUGUCGGCAGCCAAUGCCGGUCGUGGCACCUCGAGGGCGUCGGCAGGUAGCAACCGCAGCGGCGUCACGGGGAGUAGCACGGUUAGCAGGCAUAGCACAGUGAGCGCGGAGGAGGCACAGAAGCAGAGGCAACGGGGAAAGGAGGUGGUUAAAAGCGACAAUGACCAUACGGCGGGGCGUGAGAGAGAGCGGCACGAAAGGGAGGAGGUGGCGAAGAGAGCCCGAAAGGAGGCGGCUGACAGGUCUAGGAUGCAGAGCCGCGAGUGGGCAGACAAGCACGCACACAAAGCCGCUACUCUUGAUGGAAAAAAGAAAAGGGACAGCAUGGUCGGGAUCUCUCAGGCCAUGAGGCUUCGUUUCACAUCCUGA